CAAGCCGGGGAUGCUGAUAUUCUCACCUGGUGGGUGAGGAUGGGAUGAGCUGGUUUUCAGGAAGCACCAGGUGUAGGCCAGCAUUUACACAGCGGGAUGACCACCAGAGUCUCAGCCCCGAAGUCAAGGCUGUCCAGGAGGCAGGCUCUGAGGCAAGCCAGCGGCCAGAGGGGCCUGCACAGGGCUCCUUGUGCCCCCCGAUGCCACACAGGCCUAGCAGCCCCCCAAGCCACCGCCCCUGGAGAGUCUCUGAGAGCCCGCGAGUCCCACAGCUUCUCACCGAGCAGCAAGACGGGACACCCCCCAGGACAACUUCAGCUUCGGACGGUCACCUGCAGCCUCCGAGGCCAGGAUGUGGAGAGGACACAGCCACGGCCAAUGGCUGGCCUGACACCCGGGGCCGGCUGGUGGACAGACACCGCCAGCAGCGGCUCUCUGGGCGAUACCCAUCAUGGUCAUUGGGAAGCCCAAGGAGACCCCCAGGCCAGCCACAGCCCCUCAUCAGCAGAGGAGGAGACCCAGGCUCUGAUGGAGAGCCAUGCUCAGAGCUUCCACGGCCCAAACCAGCAGUCCCAGGGCGGAGGGGGGUCCUGCAGCCCCCAGGAAGCCAGCCAGGUGGUUGAAGGCAGCGCAGGCCAAGCAGGGGCAGAGUCGGGGCUGGAUUUUGCUGGCAGCCCUGUGGGGAAGCCCCCGGAAACCGAAAGGACGGGGACCUGUUGGCAGGAGGAUGCCCGCAACCCCGUCUCCUGGCAGGAAGCCACGCAGGUGAUGCCUGUCCAGGCUGCCUGUCCAGCUCCUGCAGCAGCUGAGGAGUCCGCGUCCCCCCGCCAGCACCAACACAGCCCCCUGCCCCAGCUCUCGGCCCCCUUGGCCCUGGCCUCCCUGUCCGAGUCUGCCCCCGGGACCUGCUUGGGGUCUCCUGUGCGGUCCCGCGCCCCCUCCUCUGCGAGCAGCCUGUCCUGUCCCUCCCUCCAGGAGUUCCUGAAAGUGUCUGCUGUUCUUGUCCAGCUUUCUGAGAGUUCCGUCUCCCUGUCAGACUGGGAAGCCGGGGACACCCCAGACGCAGACCUGAUUUUGUCUGGGGAGUCCUCCCCUCAAGGCUCUUGGGGGCCGCACCAGGGCGGAGGGCUGGAGACGUGGGAGAGGCCAGAGGGCAGUGGGGCCAGUCCCCUGCUGGGUUUCUCCACUGUGUUGGGAGGCCCAGAGUCAGCGCCAGGCCUCCUGCGGGCCAGCCAGCAGCCACCUCUCCUCGUCGCCUCUCCCAGGUCAGGGUCAGAGUUGUCAGAGGCGUCCAGCGAGCUGUGGGACGAGGAGGACCUCCCGGAGCCUGGUGCUGGAGCCCGGCCAGCUUCAGAGCACGCCUCACCUGCAGAAGGCGGGACGCCCCAAACGGCACUUCCCUCUUUGGGCCCUGGGAUGUGGCAGGAAGCUUCUGGAACUAGUGGGAGCCCUACCAGUGCAUCGAACACAGGAAGGGCCAGACGGACAUCCCCUGAGGCUGCUUACUCGGCAUUCCCAUCCAAAACCUCUUCCUCCAGUGACUCAGACCUGUCCCUUUCCCUUCCCUCGGGGUCCUCGGCGUCCUCAGCAUCCAAAGGGGCAGAUUUCGGCAAAGGAGGCGAGCCUGGGCCUCCACAGGCCUCAGCUGGUUGCCCAGAGGGGCCCUGGGAUACUGAUCUGAGUCCAUCCAUUGACAGGAAGCCCCUACAGGCCUCACCGGAGCCUGAGGUCCUUGUGAGCCCACAGGCUCCUCCUGGGGACCCCAGUGGGCUGGCAGCUCUGACAGCUGAGAGCUGGGCUCCUGGGCGUGGGGGCAGCGGAGCCCCCCCUGUCUCCGAGGAAGCCCGCCGCCCUCUGGCCAGCGGUGUUCUACCUGAGAUCCUGUCCCCAGUGGACGAGGUGCUCUCUUAUGGCAGUGCCGACCUCCCAUCCUCCACCCACAGGGGUGCCCACUUUCCUCCGCCACCUCCUGCCCUCCCCACAGAGAGUGGGGCCACCCCCAGCCCCCACUCAGAAGACUUCCCUUCCCCACCGGAAGACACCAUGUCUUCUGGGAGCUCUCUAGGCCCCCCAGAGGAGGACACCUCCAUCAGCACUGGCAAAUUGCCCUCCUUGUCUGAGGGGGUGCUGCCCAAGGCCCUGGCCCUGGGGGCCGAGGAGUCUGGGCUCUGUCUGGGCGAAGGUGCACAGGGCGGAAGCCUUGGGGACGGAUUGGAGGAAUCGAGUUCCACUGCGGGAGGGCAGACUGUGGGAGGCCGGUGGUCAGAACUCAGCUGGCGAGGGCCCCCGCUGUGUGGGGAGGCAGGCAAUGCCCCAGUGCAGCUCCCAACCCUGUCCAGAGCCGCCUGUGUGACCAGGGAGGGUCUGCCAACACUGUUGACGGCUGGCGACGCAGGGCUGUCUGGGUGGGAGGACCCAGCUCCUGCUUUGGAGGUGGGCCCCUGCACUGGUCUCCCAGGCGUGGAGAGGGCCGAGGUGCUGGAUUUGGUCUCCACCCAGCUCAGCAGAAGGAUCCUGUGCGACACGCUAGCUGUGCUCUCAGAGCUGGCCCAGCCUGGCAGCUCAAUGACGGAGGAGUUGGCGGGUGCCAGCCGUGUCCCCGGGCCUCACACAGCAGCUGCUGGGCAGUCUUGUGGAAGACGGGACUUCUGAGAAGAGAGUGGGUUGGGGUUGGUGACGCACAGAUAUCGGUGAUACCCUUGGAUAUUUGUGUAUGUGCAUGUGUGUGCGUGUGUGUGUGUGUGCUGGAGGUCCUAGGAAGCCUGGACUUUCCCAGGGCAGAGCCGCCAUUCGGAAUAGGCCGGCCGUGCAGACGGUCAUCUGAUGCAAGCCAAAGACUGGACACUGACUCCUUGACAUCAUCUGCACACUGGCUCUGUCUGCAGUUUUCUGGACACUGGGUCCCCUGCUUCUACCCAGCUCUCGAAGAGGUCCCGACCCACAGGACUUAACUGGCAGGAGCGUAAAAGGUUGUGUGGGGCAUGUCCUGAGGCCGCUGGCCAAGAAAAGGUGUGGGGGUUCCGGACUUGAGGGAGAGCCGUCCUGAGGAGCGUGAGGGGAGCGGUUCCUGGGCACAAACUUGGCUUCAGCCAAUGUGAGGAGUACGUGCCAGGAUGGGGUGAGGGUGGGGCGUCAGCAAAGAGCAAGAGAG